ACGGACAUCGUCGCCGUCGCGGAGCACCUGGGCCUCGAGCUCGAGACGCGCGGCGCCGCGACGUGGGCGCUCUGCCCGUUCCACGACGAGCGCACGGCCUCCUUCUCCCUCAACAGCGAGCGGGGCCUCUACAAGUGCUUCGGCUGCGGCGCGGGCGGCGACGUCAUC